AUGAUUUUCUGCAACGACUGGCCUGCAUACUGUCGAACAGAGACGCCGCGACCUACUAGCGCCACGGCUCAACACGGCGCUAUCACCGCCGCGCAAUGCGGUGCUACCGCUUCGGUUGCUGGACCGGCCACGAAGCGCUCGCCUCGACCGCCGCGCCGUCGCGAGACCCGUCAGCAUCCGCUAACGCCGAAGGCUCGCACUCUCUCGUGGGGAAUGAUGCGGGCGCCGGCUGCGGCGGAAGCAGAUCCCGCCGAUGAGUCCGCUCCUCCGCCAGUUUGCUUGACAUCCUCCCCCGUCUCCGCCGCCUCCCCCGCCUGUUCCGCCUUCCCCGCUUCCCCCAAGCUGCUCGUUUUGCCGGAUUCCGCCUUCUUCCCUUCCCCGCGCAUCUCCGAAGCGCGUUUUACCUCCCCCAAGACAAGCACGCCCGCGCCUUUUGAGCCGCCUCUAAACACUGCUUCGCGGCCUCCGGCCUUUCGUUCCCCGCCAUCUCCGCGGGCGUGUGGCACUGCCUUCGAGGCGCCGCAAAAGUGUGGCACUUCCUCGUGUCCGCUCCUCGUCGAGCCGCGACUGCCCCGAGCGCGCACGUGUGACGUUGCCGCGGAUAGCGGCGGCAGAUCGCCAGCCGCCUCCGCGUGCGCUGCCGCCAUCCGCGGAAAAUCGCCCGCCUCGGGUUACUCCCCCGCCGCCGUUUCCCCCGCAUCCGCAUGUGCAACGACUGGCGCCGUUGACCGCGUUGACCAAGUCAACAGCCACGCGUCGACAUGCGAAUGGCCUGAUGCUGCGUGCACGGAGACGUUGGACAUCCCGCCAUGGGUGCGAGAAAAGCUCUCCCUUUUCCGCGCGGAAGAGGCGCAGAAGAAUGAGCUGGCCGCGAUCGCAUGCAACCCGCGACACGCGCGCGGCAACGACCGCUGCCUCUCAUGCAGCAAGCCCGAACCGCACGCCGCGUCGCUGACGAUCCAGAUCUGCGACGACGCGAGCGCCAACGGCGGAGAUUUAUCGUUUUUCGAGGAGCUGCUGCUGGAGUUCGGCGCGGGUGAGGGGGAAGAGGCGGGCGGAGAGAUGGAGGAAGAACCGGGAUGGGCGGAAGAGAUGUGCAUUCCGGCGGAAGCAACAGCUCAGUUUGAGAAGGUUGCGCCGGUUGUUCCAGAGCUAGACGACAAGUGGGGUGAUUAUUCGGAAAAAAUGGAAGAUGUGGGGAAAGCUGACGGCGGAAAGGGGUUAAUGAUCGACGGGAAGAGCAUUUUCGAGCGGAUUCAAGUAAUUGGGGACGAGGGGGCGGAGAUGGGGGACGAAGCGACGGGGAUGGCGGAGGAUGGAGUGGAGAUGACGGAUGAGGGCACGGUGGCGGACGAGGCGGAAAUUCCAACCAAUAAACUACCGCAUGAUCAACCUCCUGCUGCCAGGAAAUUGUUGAGUGUUCAGCUGGAGCGGAAACAGCGGGAAGUGGGGGAGGCAGACGCGGAGCAGCAGAACGCGCCACAGUGUGGUUCACCCUUCCGUUCCAAUUCUCUGAGCGCCCCUGCUAGCGGAUUCGCGCAGAUGUGGUCGGAAGCGUGGGUGGACGACGCGGACGCGGAAAUACCAGGGCUGGCGGGGAGCUGCGUGUUCCGACCGUGA